AUGUACAUCUACGUAGGCAAGCUCAACUGGCCGUACUAUGCGGAGAAUGAACUCAUCACCGUCGUUUUCCCCGCCGGCUUCUCCCUCCUUGACCCCAACAACGUGCUGCAUGGCCGCAUCAAAACGGUGACAAAGGCCGGCGGCGGCGCCGGCUACGGCUUCAAGGUCCAGUUCGAAGGCGACUACUACACAUUCGAUUGCACUACCGACGCUGAUGACCCCAAGUCCCUGCGCGUGACAGUUUCCAGCCCGGACCAAUCGCACGCCAUCUCGUCCCUGGCACUGAAGUCGAGCGAUGGCUCGCGUGUCUUGACAACUUCGGUGUUCACCGGGAAGCUGGACUAUUUCCAGUACGCCGUCAACGAGAUGGUGACCUUGAUCCUGCCCGCGGGGAUAGAGGGCGGGAAGCCGGUCGUGCUGUGCUUUCAGUGGACCGAGGACGACUCCGGCGAGUCCAAGGCGAACCAUGUCGUCCUAGCAACUUUGAGGGAUGUGGGCUUCGGUGACAAUGGCCGCUUUACCGGCCGGUUCGACGAUGGCUAUUACACCUUUGACUUCCUCAGUGCAUGUGGAAGCUCAGACUCGGACAUGUCAAUGACCAUGAAGGACCCGGACGGGAAAUCCGAUACCCAUUCGCCCUACAAGUUGACGCAGACCGACUUUCGCAAUGCCAAGGCUGGCAACAAAAAGGCCCUGAUCGUGCGUUACAACACCGGCAUCGACGAGGGCAUCUUCAUGGUCAAGGACAUGCUAGUAAAGUACCUCGGCUUCUCCAGCAACGACGUCGAGGUCCUAUACUUUGACGUGGACCCAAAACGUGGAGACGGGCCUAAGAAGUGCACCCUCGGCCAGGACCCCCCCACGGCCGACAACUUCAAGGACAGGUUCACGAGGCUGUGCAGUGCCGACGCCGGGGACGUGCGCUUCGUGUACGUCGACGUGCACGGCACCACCUGGCAGGACGAGGACGGCGAGGGCGAGCCUGACAAGGAGGACGAGGGCUGGAUCCUCGCGGAGGACGAGGACGGCACGAAAAAGGAGAUUGUCACGGACGACUGGGUGGCGGAUACGCUGCGCACGAACCUCGCGCCAGGCGUCAACUUCACCAUCCUGAGCUCCUCGUGCUUCGGCGGCGGCAUGCUCGACACCCACAGCGGCACGCCCGGCGUCCUCCUCGCCUCCUGCCACGAGACCCAAUUCAACGUCAAGGUACCCGCCAUCGGGACCCGGGAUCCCUUCAUGGUAGGCGUCGUCGCGGCCGUGCGCAACGCCGCACGGCAGAAACGCGGCGUGCCCACGUACGCGGCGCUCUACGACGCGGCCAAGGCCUUCAUCCGCGCGCAGGUGACGUCCGAGCAGUGGGUCAGGGACAGGUACCUGGGACCCAGCCGGCAGGAGUGGAAGCCCGAGCCCUUCAUCAGCGGACAGGCCACCAAGAUGGUGAGCCACCAGGACCCUCAGCUUCUCUUCCGCGAGGGCUAUCUCGACCCGGAGGCGGAGCGGUUCCUGUGCCCGUUUGCGGGCCCGCCGUUGGCCGGCGGGAAGGACGGCGGCGGCGGCGGCGGCGGCGGCGGCGGUGUGACGCGGUAUCCGAAAGAUCAGUAUGCGCACGAUGAGCUGUAG